UCAGGGGCUGGACCUCAGCCUCUCCCCGCCUGGGGCCGCCGCCGCGCCAGUGGUGGCUCCACGUUUCCAAAAGGGGCCCUCCGACUCCUCGCUGGGCCAGUCCGGCGCUGAGUCGUGGAGCCCCGCACAACUCCCGCUGGUCCCUGAACGGGAUCCCUGCUCCCCAGAGUUGCGAGCAACUUUCCCCUCUCCCUGGUGCCGCGGUGGCUCGGGGACCGUGGCCGCCGCAGGUAGCUGAACUCCGGGCCACUCUCCCUGCGCCUCGGCUGAGCGCGCUCGCGGGUCGCUCUCUCUCCGGGUGCACGCUGGGGGUCCCCGAGCUCGGCUCUGCGGGCGAGAUGCCCCUAGGACAUAUCAUGAGGCUGGAUCUGGAGAAGAUCGCCCUGGAGUACAUCGUGCCCUGUCUGCACGAGGUCGGCUUCUGCUACCUGGACAACUUCCUGGGCGAGGUGGUGGGUGACUGUGUCCUGGAGCGAGUCAAGCAGCUGCACUGCAACGGGGCCCUGCGGGACGGCCAGCUGGCCGGGCCCCGCGCCGGCGUCUCCAAGCGGCACCUGCGGGGCGACCAGAUCACGUGGAUCGGGGGCAACGAGGAAGGCUGCGAGGCCAUCAACUUCCUCUUGUCCCUCAUCGACAGGCUGGUUCUGUAUUGCGGGAGCCGGCUGGGCAAAUACUACGUCAAGGAAAGGUCCAAGGCGAUGGUGGCUUGCUACCCAGGAAAUGGAACAGGUUAUGUUCGACAUGUGGACAACCCCAGCGGUGACGGCCGCUGCAUCACCUGCAUCUACUAUCUGAACAAGAACUGGGAUGCCAAGCUACAUGGUGGGGUCCUGCGGAUAUUUCCAGAAGGGAAAUCGUUCAUAGCGGAUGUGGAGCCCAUUUUUGACAGACUCUUGUUCUUCUGGUCAGACCGCAGGAACCCACAUGAAGUCCAGCCUUCCUAUGCAACCAGAUAUGCCAUGACUGUUUGGUACUUUGAUGCUGAAGAAAGGGCAGAAGCCAAAAAGAAAUUCAGGAAUUUAACUAGGAAAACUGAACCUGCCCUCACUGAGGACUGACCCUGAUCUGAAAUCCGCUGGCCUCAUUCAUUUUAGUAACAGUUCCUGAAUUCACUUUUAAGAGUUGAGAUCCAAAGAAGGCCACUUCUUUAGUGACUCGGUGAUGAGAACCCCCCUAUUGCUUGCAUCAUUCACAUCCCUGUCUUGCGUACGGUACUUUGUGUUUUCUUGCCAAGACUCCAUCUACCUUCAGACACUCUCUUUGCCAGAUGAACUCACUUGCUAACUCCAGAAAUACCUGCAGACGACCUAGCUGGCCAGCGGUUUCAUUGUCAGAUUUGGUAAUCCUGGGUAUCAAAGCAAGAACCUGGAAGCACAGGCGAGGGACUGAAUCUUACUUGCACUUUAUGUACACUUCCUGAUUUGAAAGGAGGAGGUUUGCAAAGAAGUUAGACGGUGACAGAUGCCACAGAGAGGCAUCACUGAAGCCUUAACAGCAGGAAACAGAAAUUUGUGUCAUCUGAACAAUUUCCAGAUGUUUUUAAUCCAGGGCUGUUGGGGUUUCUGGAGGAUUAUCACAACCUAAUGACGUUAUUACCUCUAGAAAGGGCUGCUGUCAUAGUCAUCAAUUUCUAAAUAUCCUGUGGGUGGACACUCCUUUUUCCUGGUCCUGCAAACUGGACUUGCUGCCUCUGCCCCAUUUUGCUGAAAAUAUGACUUUCUGAUCAAAGAUGACAACACCAUUUAUUUUCUAUUUUCACUUCUGACUUAGAGAACCUAAUUCAUUCAUUGUUCUGGUUGCUUUGUUGAAAUGAAAUCUGAAUUUAAAUCAAGGGGAAAAAAUCUUCCUGGUAGUUUAGAGCCAACAGCCUCUGAUAAUGGUGUCAAAAGACCUGGGUCUACUGAUAUACAAUAAACGUGUGCAUCUUGAAUGAUUUAAGAUUGGAGAUGGAGUUGGAAAUGUGGGCAUUCCUGUUUUUCAGUUUUCCUUUCUAAUGAGCUCACCUUUCUUCUUUAACAAAAUAAGAAAAUCACAAAAACUAGGGCACUGUAUUUUAAAAAGGAAAUGGAAAUAAAACAAAAAAUCCUGAAAA